AAACAAACGCAAAGAAACCUCUGAGCUGCUCUCAGCCCAAUUAAGGCGGACUUUACGUGUACACCCAACAAGAGCCCCGGCGGUACGGCAACAGCACCACAAGAUUUGGCAUAAAAAAAAAAAAAAAAAAAAAAGAGGAAAGAAAAAAAAAAAAGGGAGAGAGGGAGAGAUCUCUUUCUUUUUUCUCCCAGCCUCAGAAACAUGUCGAUGAGUCCCAAGCACACUACUCCCUUCUCUGUGUCUGAUAUCUUGAGUCCUCUGGAGGAAAGCUACAAGAAGGUGGCUAUGGAGGGCACUGGCUUAGGGGCACCCCUGGCUGCAUACAGGCAAUCUCAGGUGUCUCAACCUACCAUGCAGCAACAUGCCAUGGGCCAUAAUGCUGCCUACCACAUGACAGCUGCAGGGGUUCCCCAGCUGUCCCACACCACAAUGGGGGGCUACUGCAACGGCAACCUGGGCAACUUGGGCAAUAUGAGCGAGCUGCCACCCUAUCAGGAGACCAUGAGGAAUAGUUCAGCGACUGGAUGGUAUGGAAGCAACCCGGAUCCAAGAUUUUCUACAAUCUCACGUUUCAUGGGUCCCUCCAAUGGAAUGAAUAUGGGAGGUCUUGGCAAUAUGGGGUCAUUAGGAGAUGUGGGGAAGAGUAUGGCCCCACUUCAGAGCACCCCAAGAAGAAAACGUAGGGUAUUGUUCUCCCAGGCCCAGGUGUACGAACUGGAAAGGAGAUUCAAACAGCAAAAAUACCUAUCUGCUCCAGAGAGGGAACACUUGGCUAGUAUGAUCCAUCUGACUCCAACCCAGGUGAAGAUCUGGUUCCAGAACCAUCGCUACAAGAUGAAGAGACAAGCCAAGGACAAGGCAGCACAACAGCAGAUGCAACAGGACAACAGCUCGUGUCAGCAACAACAGUCUCCAAGACGGGUGGCAGUGCCAGUGUUGGUUAAGGAUGGCAAGCCAUGCCAGGCUGGAUCCAAUACCCCAACAACUGCUCUUCAGAACCAUCAGCAGCAGUCGGCCUCAGCUCUCACAGUUACCAGCAAUGGCUUGGGGCAACAUCAAAGCCACCAGACAAACAGUGCAGGCCAGUCUCCAGAUAUGGGUCAGCACUCCAGCAGCCCAUCAAGUCUUCAGAGCCAGGUCACCAACCUUUCUCACCUAAAUACUUCUAGUUCUGACUAUGGUACAGCCAUGUCCUGCUCUACCUUACUAUAUGGUAGGACAUGGUGAAUAAAACCCAGGUCCCUCUGUCCCCAGACAACCCUUUUCCUCUCUUAAAAAAAGAAAAAAAAACGAAAAAAAAAAAACUGCAGUACUUUAGGGGGGAUGGAUUUAUAAGAGGGUUUCUCUGAGCAAUCCAAAUAGAGAAGGGGAAGGAUAGAGGAGAUAGUUAUUAAUCUGGAUGGAUGGUACUCAAAAUGUCAUAUGGAAAGGAGGAUUGGACUUCAAACUACCUUCCCACGAUACCUGCUUGUACAUAGGGCUACACCGAUCCAAGAUCUGUGGGUUAAUCCAUUCACUCCGCUAUUAAACUGAAGAGCGAUAUUAUUAUUAUUACUUUUUUUUUCCUUGUGACAUUGUAACCUUCUCUCUGUUGGACUGUUUGGAAUAUUUAGUUUUUAGUAGCCUGUACGUUUGGUUGUUAAAAAAAACAAAACAAAAAAAAAAAUAUAUAAACAAAAAAGGUUUGUUUUCUUUUUUAAAUUUGAAAGUUUAGUCGCCCAAACGGAUGCGAUAACGGAUGCGAUAACGGAUGCGAUAACGGAUGCGAUAUCUUCUCUAGAUAUAGAUCGCGCCGAUCUAAUGAUGUAUAAAUGAUGCUCCUUUAAAAAAAAAUGCAGUAAUUUAUUUUCUAUUUAGUUUUUUGUUGUUUUUGUUUUUUUUUGUUCAUUUCCUCUAUACAUUUGUUUUGCUGUUAAGUGUUUGGCUUGAGAGAGAGGUGAUCAAAUUUCUAGUCUAAAAUCGGAAUAAAAUGAUGUCACUGCACCAAUAAUGGACAAAAUAGGACUUGGAAAUGCUUAAAGGCCAGUAGAAUUAUUUAUGGGGUGAUUUUUUUUUUUUUUUUUUUUUUGUUUGCUCGGCAGACCCUAAACUUAAAAGAAAAAAGAAAAAAAGAAUUGAAUAGAAAAGUCUAAAUGAAUAGGUAUAUGUCUUUGACAUAAAUGACUAUUGUAGAACUGAAUUUUUAUUUUUUUUAUUUUCCAGUCUGUCCUUUUUUUUCUAUGGUUUGUUAAACUUAUCAGUUAUAUUGUAUUUUCAUGCACAGGGAUAAUUUAUGAGACUUCACUCAACCCACUGGAUUUAUGUGACACCGAUUUAUUAUUAAACAG